AUGGUACUCUUGUUAGAUAGCUUAUAUAAAACAGUGUAUACUUGAUUGCAACUGAGUGUAUCUUGAAUGCUUGAACUGUAUAUACUGCUAUGUAUAGUGUUGCUGUGUUGUGUUGAAUUUUUGUACAAUAUUUCUUCUUUACGUGUUGUUAAACAGGUGCUCGCCUUUACCCAUGAGCCAUGGAGAAGGCGGCGCGGGCGCAGACUUCAUCCACCUCCUCCCCCUCGUCGUCCUCCCCGCGCCACGCGCCCCCCGCCGCGCCGCGACGCCGACACAACGAGCGAGACCCCCCCGACGCGCACCCGCGCACCCCCUCCGCCCGCAGGAUACUGGUGUCAGGUUACCCAAACUACACUCAACCACAAGAUCUGUUAGAAGUUUUCGCAAAAUUCGGUAACGUGAGGAUAGACAAAUGCAACAGUUGGCUGUCGACGCUGACCUUCAGCUCCGAGGAGGAGGUGAAGGCGGCGCUGUCGGCCAACAAGCGCCUGCACGUGUACGGACACUUCCUGUCCGUGAAGCCCUACUCCGCCAAGCUGGCCGCCGACGAGAUCCGCGUGCAGCAGCCCUCCACGCCCAAGCGAGAGUUCCCCAUGAGCAAGAAGAAAGGUGUAAUAAUAGAACCGAAAAAGAUCAAUCUGAGUGGUGACUUCCACAGCCAGUUGGAUAACAUUCUGUCAGCCGUGCGACUGACGCAAGAGGAUGUCAAGUCGCUCAGCCAGCUCUACACCGACCUCGAGAUCUCGCUUCAGUCACAGUGGCCAGGGUGCAAAGCAGUGCCGUUCGGCUCAAUAACGACCGGGCUGGGCAUCAAGACGAGCGACGCGGACUGCUUCAUCAACAUCCCGGGCCAGUUCCGGCAACCCAACGGCAACUACGUGAACAAGGCCAAGCGCGUGCUGCGGCAGUACCCCAGCACCUUCGCCGAGAUCCUCGCCAUCCCGCGGGCGAACACCCCCAUCGUCAAGUUCUUCCACAUCCCCACCGGCACCAACUGCGACGUGACGUUCAAGACUCCGCUGGGGGCGCAGAACUCGCGCCUCAUCGCCUUCCUGCUGCACUCCGACCCGCGCCUGCUGCCCAUGUCCGUCAUCGUCAAGUACUGGGCCAAGGUGCACGAGCUGUCCGGCACCGGCAAGCUCACCAACUACGCGCUCACCCUCAUGAUCAUCUUCUACCUGCAGCAGCCGCCGCUCUGCAUCCUGCCCAGCGUGGAGUGGCUGCAGCGGGACCCUGCCACCGCCUACAUCGUGGACCACUGGAACACCGGCUUCCUCAGCGACCCCUCGCGUCUGCCGCCCUCCACCAACACCUCCUCCAUCUCCGAACUCCUGGGCGGAUUCUUCGAGUACUACUCCAUGUUCAACUUCGAUGAAAUGGUCAUCUGCACUUAUCUGGGCCUGCCCGUCAAGCGAGAAGUGUUCAAAGAAACCACUAACAUGCCCGAUGAGUUCGAACGCUACAAGAAAAACGUGGUCAACCAUUACGUGAUGCCCAUCCGCCACCAGACGGCCAUGUGCGUGCAGGACCCCUUCGAGCAGUGCCACAACGUCGCCUCCACCGUCACCAGCAAGUUAGCGCUUGAUAUCAAGACGUACUUCAAAUUCUGCGCCAAUGCCUAUGAAAAGGAUAAAUUAAACGGGUGCCAAGAAUUCCUCAAAACUAUACUACUGCAGCGACCUAAACUGAUUCGCGGUAAAACGCAUCCAGAGUACAGAGUCAAUUUAUUCCCUAGAAUUGUAAAUAGUAUCAUAAGCUACGACUGGAAGUCGGUGGUAAGAGAUAUGGUUAUGGAAUUAUUCGAAAAUAUGUUAAAGAUUAAGCUUGGCAAAGUCGAAGAGAAGGUUAACCCUGACACUAGGAAAGAAAAAGAGAAGUAUAGUGGGGCAGUAACCAAACCUAUAUGGAAGAGAAAGUCUUUCUCUAGGCUAUACAACUUUGUAAAUCUCUCCUUUGAGGAGAAGCAGGGAAAGAUUACUCAGGAAAUAAUAAACGCGGAGAGGCAAGAGCUCAACAUACACUUUCAGUUAACUUUGACGUAUUGUCAUGAUCCUAAAAGCGCAGUAAUCACGAUCAGGCUGGGGACAGGGGACUUGGAAGCGUUCAGAGAGUUUGGCAAGUUCUUCAUUUCGGUCACGCAAAACUGGAUAACGGAAUUGUUAAAACCUUUCUCGAUGCCCAAUUGCAAAGACACGGCAGCAAAAAUAGCAGAGACCAUGCAGGUUGACAACAAUGAGAAUGAUAUCGAUUCGGAUGACGACGACGACACGGAAAUAAUAAUCCUACCUAAGUCUGAACGAGCUGACGAGACCACGAAGAUGGAGAACGUCGAACAAAUAUCGAGUUCCUCUGGAGGAACAUUGAGCAAAAAUAAUACUGACGGAGUGCUUGCUAACAACACAGGACAAGAAUCAACGAAAAGCCCUCCAACAAAAUCAGAAAGUCGGAGCGAUAAUCUAGAGAAAUCAGUUACUGAAACGUUAGUUAUUACGACAAAUAGUUUAAAUGACAUGGUUAUUCAAAAGCCAGAAAUUGCGACAUCUGAGAAUGCUGUUGUAGAUGUGACAGAAACAUUAAAACUGACUAACCAUACAGAUGAAUCUGGUGAAACGACUGUUACCAAACAAGCUGAUGUUGUGACAGUGAAUGCCGAAACUGUUACUAAGAAUGCCGAAACGUUAACCAAAAAUGUAGAGAGCUUCUUUAAAAACGCGGAAAGUUUGUUAGCAAGCGCCGCGAACAGCGACAACACGGCAGCUAGCGCCAGCGACGUCAGCGCCGGCGACGUCGGCGUCGCCUGCGCACUCAAGUGACACAGAGACUAUGUUCUGUUUUGAGACAUUAAGCUUUUAUUUACUUAGUGUAAAAAUCGUUUAUCAAUAGACAUAAUGAAAACAAAUUAUUUUAAUAUUAAGCUAAGCCACUUACGAUUUAUUUUUAUGCGGUUUGUAGAAAUUUUAAUUUCAAUUAUGA